AUGCCAAACACGAACCUAACCCGCCGCUUCCUCAUCGAACUCAACGGUCAAUUCGUCAGUAAAGUGGACGAUACCGGCACCGCCAAUCUUGCGGCCCAGCGGGAGGAAAAGAGUCCAGCGAGCAUGGGAGACCGCAACCAAGCAGCAAUCUUCACGCUGCAAAAUGGGCUCUUGCUCUGUAACAGCGGUGUGACUUUACUCGCUCUAGGCCGUUUGUUGGAUGAGGAAGAUAAGUUUGAGGCCAUGCCUAUGUAUUGGGCUGAGCAAGUUCCCGCUUGGGGCGCUGUUAGAUGA